AGCAGCAGACACAGCUGAGCUCGUGAGCUGUCCGGACCGUUAGUUCCUCAUCUGGCUGGUCGGUAUUCGGUUGAACUGCAGCGCUUCUCGGCACUGCUCCGCAGCUGUUUUAUCGGUCUGGACCCAAUCGGUUCCCCCGGUACCGACACUCUCUCCUUCUCCGAACCGCUGAUCGGGCUAACAGCUUUGGACUUUCCCGUUAUUAAACCUGACCUGGUGGUUCGAAUUAUUCUUCCCGGUCCAUUAUGGGUUGGAGUUUCCCGGUUUUGCUGUCAGUCAUCGGUUUCCAGCUGACGGCGGGAGUCCUGGAUGGACCGGAUGUUCAAGUGAUCGACAUGUUGGGUCUUCAGGACUCCAAGCAGACCGUCACAGCGGUGGAGAAGCUGGCUGGUGGUCUGAGCGCUCUCAGUGAUGUCUACGUGGUGUCCACGUUCCGGCUGCCGGCGAAGCUGGGCGGGGUUCUGUUCGGCCUCUACAGCAAGCAGGACAACAGGAAGUACCUGGAGGUCGCCGUCAUGGGGAAGAUCAACAAAGUUCUGGUCCGGUAUGUUAAAGCUGACGGGAAGGUGCACACAGUGAACCUGCAGAACUCCAACCUGGCUGAUGGCCGGACUCACUCCAUCAUUGUUAGACUUGGCGGACUUCAGCGCAACAACAUGCAGGUGGAGCUCUACGUUGACUGCCGAUUGGCCGACUCCAGUCAGGGCUUGCCGCCAUUGGUUCCUUUGCCCAGAGAGGCAGAGAUGGUGGAGAUCAGACAUGGGCAGAAGUCCUACGCUCGACUCCAGGGGGCAGUGGAGUCCCUCCGCCUGGCUCUAGGGGGCAGUGUCGCUAAAGCAGGAGCUCUGACUGACUGUCCCUUCCAAGGAGAUGCAUCAUCCUACAGCUCAGUGAACGCUGAGGUCCACUCCAUCUUGGGUGAACACACUAAGGCUCUAAUUGGUCAGUUAAUCAUCUUCAACCAGAUCCUGGGAGAGCUGCGGCAGGACAUCAGAGAACAGGUGAAGGAGAUGUCUCUGAUAAGGAACACCAUCCUGGAGUGUCAGGUUUGUGGUUUCCACGAGCCCCGGUCCCGCUGCUCCCCUAACCCCUGCUACAAAGGUGUGUCCUGCAUGGACAGUCUACAGUACCCUGGAUACACCUGUGGUCCAUGUCCACCUGGAACCACCGGGAAUGGGACACAUUGCAUGGACAUCAACGAGUGUGACCUCCAGCCCUGUUAUUUACCUGAAGCCUGCAUGAACACGGUGGGGGGCUUCAGCUGUAAGCCAUGUCCUCCAGGCCUGUGGGGGGUGCCGCUGUCUGGGACUGGACUGAACUUUGCCAAGACCAACAGACAGGAGUGUGUGGAUAUCGACGAGUGCCUCGAUCUCCCUGAUGCCUGCGUAGCAAACUCAGUGUGCAUCAACACCGUGGGUUCUUAUAAGUGUGGAGGCUGUAAACCUGGUUUCCUUGGCAACCAAACAUCAGGCUGCUUCCCCAGAAAGUCGUGUGCUGCGUUGACCUUUAACCCCUGUGACAGUAACGCCCACUGCACCAUGGAGAGAAACGGAGAGGUGGCCUGCAGGUGCAACGUGGGCUGGGCCGGGAAUGGACACACCUGUGGGGUGGACACGGACAUCGACGGUUAUCCGGAUCGAUCCCUGCCUUGCAUGGACAAUGACAAACACUGCAAACAGGUGAGAGACGCUGUAGCUGGAGCGCCGUCCUCUCGUCCUGGUGGAGUGCUCACAGUUGUGUUUGUUUUCCAUCAGGACAACUGUGUGGUGACUCCAAACUCCGGUCAGGAGGAUGCUGAUAAUGACGGGGUCGGAGACCAGUGUGAUGAGGAUGCAGAUGGAGACGGCAUUAAAAACGUGGAGGAUAACUGCCGUCUGACUCCUAACAAAGACCAGCAGAACUCGGACAGCGACUCGUUUGGAGACUCGUGUGAUAACUGCCCCACCGUCCCCAACAGCGAUCAGAAGGACACGGACAACAAUGGACAGGGAGACGCCUGCGACCAGGACAUCGACGGGGAUGGCAUUCCCAAUGUUCUGGAUAACUGUCCCAGGGUACCAAACCCAAUGCAGACAGAUCGAGACCGAGACGGAGUCGGAGACGCCUGUGACAGCUGUCCUGAACUCAGUAACCCCAUGCAGACGGACGUUGACAACGACCUGGUGGGAGACGUCUGUGACACCAACAUGGACACGGACGGAGACGGACUCCAGGACACCAGAGACAACUGUCCUGACAUCCCCAACAGCUCGCAGCUAGACUCAGACAACGAUGGCCUCGGGGACGACUGCGACCACGAUGACGACAAUGACGGCGUCCUUGAUGACUUUGAUAACUGCAGACUCAUCAUCAACCCGAACCAGAAGGACUCAGACGCUAACGGUGUCGGAGACGUUUGUGAGAACGACUUCGAUAACGACGCCGUGAUGGAUCUGAUCGACGUGUGUCCGGAGAGCGCUGAGGUCACGCUGACGGACUUCAGAGCCUAUCAGACGGUAAUCCUGGACCCCGAGGGCGACGCCCAGAUCGACCCCAACUGGGUGGUGCUUAAUCAGGGCAUGGAGAUCAUCCAGACAAUGAACAGUGAUCCCGGUUUAGCCGUUGGCUACACAGCGUUUAACGGCGUGGAUUUCGAGGGAACGUUCCACGUCAACACAGUGACGGACGACGACUACGCCGGCUUUAUCUUCGGCUACCAGGAUUCCUCCAGCUUCUACGUGGUGAUGUGGAAACAGACGGAGCAGGCAUACUGGCAGUCCAUCCCAUUCAGAGCCACGGCCCAGCCCGCCCUGCAGCUCAAGGCGGUGAAGUCCAGAACCGGGCCCGGCGAAUUUCUGAGGAACGCCCUGUGGCACACUGGAGACACACCUGGAGAGGUGAAGCUGCUCUGGAAGGACCCUCGAAAUAUUGGCUGGAAGGACAAAACCUCGUAUCGCUGGCAGCUCAGCCAUCGGCCACAGGUGGGAUACAUCAGGGUGAAGCUGUUUGAGGGGAUGGACCUGGUGGCCGACUCUGACGUUGUCAUCGACACCACGAUGAGAGGAGGAAGGCUCGGAGUCUUCUGCUUCUCUCAGGAGAACAUCAUCUGGUCAAACCUAGGCUACAGGUGUAACGACACGGUGCCUGAAGACUUUAAGUCUCAUCGUAAACAAGUGGUGAUGCACAUUCAGGUCUGAGAGCUGCAGAUGGACUCUUCAACACACACACACACACACACACACACACACACACACACAUCUGCACUUGCCCACGCACACAAAAACAUGUGUGCAUGUACACGUCCCUGAACUACUACAAAGGUUCUAUAAACUUUUACUGUGUACAAGUGUGUGUGUGUGCAAGUAUGUGUGUGUGCAAGUAUGUGUGUGUGUGUGUGUGUGAGAGAGAGAGAGAGAGAGAGAGAGAGAGAGAGAGAGAGAGAGAGAGAGAGAGAGAGAGAGAGAGAGAGAGAGAGAGAGAGAGAGAGAGAGAGAGAGAGAGAGAGAGAGAGAGAGUGUGUGUGUGUGUGUGUACAUGUGUGUAAAGGACUACAUUUUCUUGAUUUUUGAUGCCAGUAUGACGUUUGAACUGGUUGUCGUUCAGUUCAACGUUUUACAGAGAAAUCAGGAAACAAACAUGUUUGUGUUUGAUUCAAAACUCAAAAACUUUAUUUUAAUGUUGUCACAAAAGUCAGAAAAGUGCUAGAGAAAUGUAGGAGUAGUUUUUUUAAUAAAAGCAAAAAUGAGGAGAACAUUGACUUAGACAGAAACAACAAAAAUGAUCAGUUUUAACAAUUUUUUUUUGUUGUUUUCUUGUUAAAUGUGUUUAUGCUGUCUUAUCAGACUAAACUUGAGUUAAUCGAGCACUUUAAAACCAUUUGAACCAGCAAUGGUUCUUGCCUUUGUAAUUGUUGGGUCAUUUUAGACAACUUUGACAUAACAGUAAUAGUUUUUAUGGCUAAAAUCAAACAUUUUCCUUUACUUUUACCGAAAAUUAAAAGAUAAAUCUGUUUUGUGUCUUUUUAACUGUACAGAUCUGUUAAAUAAACAGUCAUGACUUUUCCUA